CCAGUAUCUACUUUCCCAUGCUGCUCUCACUUCCUGCAGUUGUGAAAACAGCUGUUAAUCAAUCAACUUUGACGAGCGUGUGAGUGUGUGUGUGUGUGUGUGUGUGCACGCGUUGACUUUCUUCUGGGUGUUGGUUUGAGGAAGCUGUGGUCAGAUGUGGUUUGGUCGCUGGGUGGGGAAAUGCAGCGAGAGAGUCAUAUUAAGAAAGAGAUGCGAGAGAAAUAUUAGUGCCAAUUGGAUGAGCAGAACGGUCCCCAGCGCUCUACAGGGUGAUUAAUGCCUGCCUGACCCGACGGUACUUUUACAGAAGAUGAACAAACGUUCCGUUGCCAUUAACGGCCCAGCUGAUUGUCUUGUGAGCCUCAGAGCGCAGCCGGGAGACCGCGAGACCAGACGAGGGCCGGCUCAUGUGGCAGCACGCGGCCAGGAGGCCAGAGAGAAGUCCUCAGCAGUCCCCGCCUCUAGCGCGCCGCCAUGUUCUCCUCAGCGCCGGUGGUCGGCCGACUUCUGCAGGUGUGGCGCCUCGGCCAUCAUUACCGUGAAGAAGGAUAAGAAGGAACCGCAGCCUCCUCACCGCGGCGUGUCCCUCCUCCGACCCCGCGCCGCGUCCCAUCAUGCGUCCAAACGCUACUCCUGCCCCCCCAUCGGGGUGUUCGGAUCACCUUCCUCCUCCUCCUCCUCCUCCACCUCCUCCUCUACCACUUCUUCGUGCUCCUCUCCUCCUCCCGUCCAGACAUCCGUCAUCACGGGCAGCGACCCUCUCGGUUGGAAGCUGCGUCCCAAGUCAGGCUCCACGCCCCUCAGGUCUCGCACCAACCGGCUGUCUCUGCAGAUUCCCCUCCCAGUCGCCGUCCCUGCGAUAAGCUGUAGGGCCGUGGACGCUGGUCACCCAGACCCCUCUGGUGAAAACAAACCCCCUCUCAGACUCAAACCACCACGCCGCCGCCACUCCGACUCCUCGGCCUUCCUCGGGUCCCUGGAGGGCCCUCUUCCCCUGGUGACCCUUGAGGAGCUCCGCGACGUCCGCCUCCGCCAGCUCGCCCUACUGGACGAGUCUGACGACGUCUUCGGCAGGGAGACCGAAGGGGCGGCGGGGCCGACCGCUCGGCCACGCAGCGUCCCACCGCCGGUUCCGAAGAAGACGGCCAUGGCGCGGCAAAUAGCACAACUGAUGAGUCAUUCACACCGACGCCGUGGACCUCUCCUGGCUAAAGAGGAAGACAUUUACAGCAGCGUUGUGAAGCCAAAAGGUCAACAUUCACACCAGACUGAGGACCACAGCGGCGUGAACGCCAAAAUCACUGGCCUCCGCGUGGAUGCCAGCGGCGACAGGGAGAGGUCAACGCCACGCUUCCCCGGCUGAGGACACCUCCUCCACCAGGAGCAGUCGUAUGCAUUACAGCCUGUGUUCUGGCACAGUGAGAUGGCAGCGGUUAAAGCGUCAGCCCUCAGAGAAAAAAGGACUGUUGUGAUGUGCAUGAGCCUUAAGUAUCUGCCGUAAUAUCGGUCUGUUGUGGUAAUGCUGAGUUUGUUGAUUGCUUUAGUCCACCUUGUCUCCUAAGGUGACGUUUGCUUCCCAUACAACUCAACUGCCUUCUCAAUUAAAUAUUUCCUUAAACUCAAAAAGACAAAAAAAAUAACGUUAUCUUUGCGAUAAAAGAAUGUUUAGGUUAGGUAACAAGUUAUGUGACGAACGUAAAACCUAUAAAAUAACAUGUCGAUGAC